AUGGAUUUUGAAGGAGGUGAAGGAAAUCAGCUGAGCUCGUCUAUUAGUAUCAAUAUUCAGCGACUUAGUCAGUAUGUACAACAACUGGAAGUGUUGGUUGCAAAAAUCGGAGGUGGUGAAGAUGGUGAACGUUUACGGGAAUCAAUUGCUGACGUUACGGCACAAGCUAAUCAGCUAAGCAAGGAAACGAAUAUGUUAAUGAAGAAACUCGUCAACUUUUCAAAUGAAAAUCGUUCCGUAUCGUCGUUGAAGGUUCAGAGAGAAAGGUUGAUGGGCGAAUUGUUAGCAGUAUUGAAUCGACUACAAAGCGCUCAACGAAGUGCAUCAACUCGUGAAAAAGAGACCAUGAAAGCAGUUGCUGCUCAAGAUGAACACGUCAGCCAACAGAUUGAGAGAUCAUCUGAAACAGAAAUUCAACAGAGAAGGCAGCUUCAAAUUCAACAUCAGCAGCAUUUGAAUGAAUUGAGAGAUAGGAACGAGACAAUGCGACAAUUAGAGCAGGACAUCGGUGAUGUAACACAGAUUAUGAAAGAUUUGGCUCGUAUUGUUCACGAUCAAGGAGAAAUCGUGGACAGUAUCGAGGCGAAUGUGGAACAUGCGGCUAUGCACGUUCAACAGGGCGCAGUUGAUGUCCGUCGAGCAGUAUUCUAUCAACAAAAAGCUCGUCAGAAGAAAUUCUUUGUUUUCAUAUUUUUCAUUCUACUUAUUGCCAUUAUUGCACUUGUUUUAUACUUUUUUGCCAAAUGA